CGCUUGAGAACAUUUCUGCUAGCAAGUGUUUUAGAAGUGAAAAAAUCUUGACUUUUCUCGGAGAUUUAGAGUUUUCACUUGUCGGGUGCCUUUUGUGCAAAAAAAUUGAAAAAGCCCUUUCCAGGUAAAAUGUCACUUAUCCAGAAUUUUGUCAGCCGAUUUGUGCCAGUUGUGAAAGCUGACGACGAAGAGGAAAUCGUCGAUCCCCAGAAAGUCCUUCGUGAGACCUGUGCACAGGAGAAGAAAUGCAUCUCUCUUCAGGAUAAAUUGAACACAUGCACUGACCGGGUAAAUUCUCGCAGCAAGACAGAAGAAACUUGUAUGGAGGAGUUGGUCGAUUACGUCUCAUGUGUAGAUCACUGUGUGUCCAAAACUCUAUUUAGCAAACUAAAAUAGUUCAAUCACUACUUCUGCUUCUUGUCACCCAAAUAAACUUAGUUAUAUCUACCGUACACCAAUGAUCGAAUGUUGAAGUUAAAUAAAAUUGAAGUAAAGAGUUCCAAAA